ACCGCACAGUUGUUCUUAAACCCUCCUCCUUCUCUUCCAUUUCGAAAACCUUAUCUUUUGAGAACGAAGGUUAAAGGAACCACACCAGCCAUGUCUGCAACAUCUGCCUCAUCUCUUAUUCUCCCAUCGCUCAAACCCAAAGUUCUAUCUUUAUCCGACUCAACUCCCAAUUCACUUUCCCUCUUCUCCCUUUCUCCAACCCCCCAUGCAAAGCCUCUCUUUUGUUCUGCUCUUCCAAGUUUCCAGCUUUUAACCAAAAAGUCCUCUUUUUCUUCCAGGUUCCUUACAAACGUUGCCGUUUCUUCUGAGUAUGACCAGGAAGAGGACUUAUUUGGCAGCGAUGAUGAAGAAAGGUCUCCUACUUUCUCCCCUGACUUGAAACUUUUUGUGGGUAAUCUUCCUUUUACUGUGGAUAGUGCUCAGCUUGCGGGUUUAUUUGAAAACGCCGGAAACGUUGAGAUGGUUGAGGUGAUUUACGACAAGGUAACUAGGAGAAGUAGGGGAUUUGGAUUUGUAACCAUGUCCACAAUCGAGGAAGUCGAAGCUGCUACUCAACAGUUCAAUGGCUAUGAAUUGGAAGGGAGAGCAUUGAGGGUAAACUCAGGACCUCCUCCUCCUCGUAGGGAAGAAUUUUCUCCUAGGGGAGCAAGAGGUGGUCCUUCGAUGGGAGCAAGGGGUGGUCCUUCUAUGGGAGCAAGAGGUGGUCCUCCUAUGGGAGCUUCAAAUCGUGUCUAUGUUGGUAACCUUUCAUGGGGUGUUGAUGAUAUAGCACUCGAGACCUUGUUCAGUGAGCAAGGCAGGGUUGUGGAAGCAAAAGUCGUUUAUGACAGGGAAAGCGGUAGAUCAAGGGGUUUUGGCUUUGUAACUUACAGUUCUGCCGAUGAGGUCAACAGUGCCAUUAAAUCCUUGAAUGGUUGUGAUUUGGAUGGAAGACCAAUUCGGGUCACUGUAGCAGAGUCUAGGCCAAGGCGCCAAUUUUGAGUGCGGAUAUUUCCUACUGAUGCUGCUAAAAUUCUUUGGGGACGCCUAAGAUAUGCAGCCGGAAGCUGGCAACUGCAGUCUUUUCCUGUUCGUGGGAUUCUGCUCGGCUGCAUUUGGACGUUAUGGUUGAUCUGGCUGCUUUUUACACUAGGAAAAGCUGAUAAUAUCCAUUUAAAUGUUUUUAUUGUAUGUUUCAAGUAUCUUAUGAUUGGGUGACUGACAAUGUAGCCUAAUGUUUCGCCUCAUUGGAUAUAGUUGCUUCAAAUUAUUGACAUGUUUGGCUCCCUUGUACAACCUUGUGGUGGAAGAAGGCCUUUUUAUGUUUGUUGCA